GUGCUGUCACACUUGUCAAUGUUUAACUUGCCAAAGGUUGCAUGAAGCGCAGCGCUAUGCCGAGCCCGUUUUCUCGCAGAACACACUCUAUCUAGCUAAUGGCGGCCCUGCGAGCGGCGAAGCAGGCGCUGAGGAAAGCGAUCAAAACACGGGUAGCAGCGCUGAGUGACGAGGAGAAACGAAGACAGUCCCUGGUGGUUUCACAGAAGCUUUUCCGACACCCCAAAUAUGUGUCCUGCAAGAGGAUUGCAGUGUUUCUCAGCAUGCAUGAUGAAGUGCUCACAGAUGAAAUCAUCAAAGACGCAUUCAAAUUGGGGAAAAAAUGCUUCAUCCCCAGAUAUGAGAGGAGCUGCAGCCAUAUGGACAUGUUGCAGCUCACCAGUCUGCAGGACAUGGAAACGCUGCCCCUGACCUCCUGGAACAUCCGACAGCCUGCUGAAGAUGACAACAGCCGAGAUGAAGCACUGGCUUCAGGAGGUCUGGACCUAAUCUUGAUGCCAGGCCUGGGUUUUGACCAAAUGGGGAAGCGUCUGGGACGAGGGAAGGGGUACUACGACACCUACUUGGAACGCUGUAUCAGAUACUCUCAAGGAAAACCCUACACCAUUGCCUUGGCCUUCAAAGAGCAGCUGUGCCAGGAAAUCCCUGUUGAUGACAACGAUGUGCUCAUUGAUGAAGUUCUGUAUGAGGAUUAUGAGUAACUGGUCAAUCACCACAGGUGCACUACCAUUACCAAUGCACACAUUUUCACUGCAGACAUUUAAUUGUUUUUUUUGCAAAAAAAGCUCAAAUGGAACUAUUUAGGCCAAGAAUGGCCUUCAUUAAUAUAUUGUAUUCAGCAUUAUACAGGCUGAGAUGCAAAUUCAGUGGCUGUAUUGAUAAUGUUUGAUCAUUAUAGUGAAACCUUAUAUUCAUCAGUGUCAAACAUCAAUGGACAAUUAGAUGGAAAGAAGUCUUAAUAAAGUCGUAAUGGAAAAUGUGCAGGCUGCAUGAUUGUAACGGGAGGGACAGUUGUUAUUUAAAUUCAGAGAGGCCGACCUGGAAUAAAUGGAACUCUCCAACAAAUAAAUCUGCAUAACUGUAACCACAUGUUAUUACAUGACUGCAUUUCCAUUAGUGUGCCUUAUAAAUAGAAUUGUUUUAUCACAAUGGUGUCAGGAUUUUUUCCUACUGGCUAAAGGGGACUAAAGUCCACCUACACAGAAAAUGUGUUUAGCUUCCUGUUACAUAACUUGGUUGCUUGUCUUUCUCUGUGCAGACUGAUUAAUGUCCAGAGUUAGACACUUCUUGUUUAUAUUCAAUUAAUAAUGAAGUGACCUUCGGUUAUAUACCACAAAUAGUUGUCCUGGUGUAGUAUUUAUCAAAUAAAUCAAGAUAUUUUUUUUAAUGAAAUUUCCACUACACUGAAUAUCAUCUAUUCAAGUUAGAGGCAUGUCAAGUUAGAGGCAUAAAGGCUUCAUAUCUGAACAGUAAUUAAACAUUUAAAAUCAAUAAUAAUUGCA